AUGGACCCUCUCGACAUCGAAUUCGAUCUAUCCACCCUCAAGGGAAAGUCUGCCUUCAUCACUGGUGGUGCAUCGGGCCUGGGACUGGCCACUGCACAGAAAUGGGCAGACGCCGGGGUAUAUGUGACAAUCGCCGACAUCCAGCAGCCCUCGUCCACCCUUCGCCCUAGUCACACAAACUACGUACACUGCGAUGUCACUAGCUGGGAGAGCCAGGUAGCCGCCUUCAAGAGCGCUCUCGGCUUUUCCCCCGCCGGGUCGCUCGACAUUGUUGCUGCCUUUGCUGGCACGGCCAUCGCCCCUGGAAACCAAGUCGACCAUGUCCUCGCUGCCGGGACCCCCAGCUUAGAAGUCGAUCCACCUCGACCAAGCGUCCGCAAUAUCGAAGUCAAUCUAGUUGGAAGUUACUACACUUCAUGGCUGGGAUUAUACUAUCUUCGCCUCCCGGGGUCUCAGCCCAACGAGCCAAUUGACAAAAGCCUACUAUUCUGCGCCUCGAUCGGUGCAUACAUGGACAGCCCGAAGGCAUCUACCUAUCCCGCAAGCAAAUUCGGUGUACGCGGUCUCUUCCGAAGUACGCGUGCCCAAACGCAGCAGCUGGGUGUGCGAUGUAACCUCCUCGCACCAUGGUUCUUUGAUUCGCCACUGAUUGCACCGAUCAAGAAUGCAAUGGCUGCGAGGGGCAUUGAUAUGGGAGAGGUGCUGUCAUUUACGACUGUUGAGGCUUGUGUUGAGGCUGCUACCUAUUGCGCUGCUAGUCCGGGGUUACACGGGCGGGCAUUGGCUGUGCAGCCAGAGGGCACGUUUGAUCUGAAGGAUGAUAUGGAGGACGGAUGGGGAGGGGAUCAGAUGCGGCCUAUUAUGCAGCGACGACGGGAUGCUGGGUUUGAUGCUUAA